AUGCACAAGAUUUUCGGUUCUACUAGACACGUCUUCUUGUUGUUUUGUUUCACUCGCUUAAUGAUACAAAUAACCAUAGCUGAUAAUACGUUUCCACAAAUUCUUACUGAAACAACCAACCAGACGCUAAAUAUCUCAUCAACAGCCAUUUUAACAUGUCACAUACGUGAUUUAGGUGAACAUCACGUGACAUGGUUUAAAUACGACCCAUUAACAUCUUUAUCAUCCCCAUUAGCCGUCGGAAAACAAUUAUUCACUACCGAUGAGCGUUAUUCAAUAUCAUUCUACUCCAUAUCGUCCAGAGAUUCAUUAUGGUCGUUAGAAAUUUAUCAAUUACGUCAAUCGGAUGAAGGCACAUACAUAUGUAAAAUAGCGAAUCGAAAAGCAAGUGUGAGUGUUUCUAUGCAUCUACAUAUACAAACGCCAAUGAUACUCUCUCCAACGAAUGUUUAUAUCGAACCAGGUGGCAACAUUCUCUUGAAUUGUACUCUCGUACUUAGUGAACAUGAUCACGAUUCGGAUGAGAAUAACAAGAGAUCACCAAUCACUUGGCAUUUUUUAUCGAAUCAAAUUAAUAAAACGAAACCGCAUGAUGUUUAUAUUCGAAGACAAUCAAUUAAUAAUACUUUUUCAUCGUUUUUAAUUAUUAGUUCUGCUCAUACAACUCAUUCAGGUAUUUGGACAUGUGCCUAUCGACGUCAACGUCUCAGUGCAAAGAUACUUGUAGAAAAAGAUAUUUUAAAACAUCAACGUUUUAGCGCUUUAUUAGCAAAUUCUUCUCCUCGACAAAUGACUUUAAUUCAGUUUUGGACUUUUGUUUUUUAUCUUUUCCUUGUUUUUAAAUAUUAA